CGGUGGGUGUUUCUUCCGCUCAGACUCCAGUUGCAGCAGUUGCAACCGUGUCAGCCGCACUCCGGGAAUAAAAGGUGACCUGCCGGGAGGGGAAGAUGCCGUACAUGCUGAUCAGCACUCAGAUCAGGCUGGAGAGCGGGCCCACCAACGUGGGCGAUGAGUUUUCGGACCCGGCUGUCAUGACCUACCUGGGAGCCAGGAAAACCACUGCGCUGGGAAACAACUUCUCCGAGUACCAUGUGGACGACCCGCCGCGGCUGGUCCUGGACAAGCUGGAGACCAUCGGCUUCCGCGUGGUGACCAUGACGGGGGUGGGGCAGACGCUGGUGUGGUGCCUUCACAAGGAGACGGAGUGAUUCAGGCCUUUCAUCCAUGGAAUGCUCAUAGUUUUCCAGAUUAGAAAGUGAAGGAUUUAGGUGAUGGCAGUCCACAGCUCCAGAUUAGAACAGAAGGACUGGUUUCACGUUCCAUUCAGCACAUCUGUGAGCCUCACUGCUUCAUAGAUGUGCUCUUCCUCUUCUUCCAUCUCUAACUUCUCCUCAUGAAUUGUCCUUCUGCUAUUCUCUUUUCCACUCACUACCAAUGAAGGCCUCCGUGACUUCGGAGUCUCGUUGGGUUGGAACAAAAACCAACUAGUUUGGAGAAACCCGCUUCCUUUUCACCUCUUCAUUUUCAUGUCCAUGUCAUAGCCAAUGUUCAGUUUAGCAGCAAGAAGUUUCAUGAAACACUCUCCUCAGUUUCCGAUCUCAGCAGGUGGCGCUCUUGGUUUAAAAAUUGACGUGAGGUUUCUAUGGAAACCGCUCAUUUUAGAGCACAGACUGCCACCUAGGGGGCUCUGAAAAUGAAGGCACUGUUUCAUGAAGCCUCAUAAGUCCAUCACAACGUCACAAAGGAAUUAUGCUUAUCAACAAGUAUCUUCAGUGGGUAUGAUUAUUAGCUUCGUAGUAGGUGAGUACAGCCAGCUAGUGACCCGAGAAUUCCAUAGAUUCAAAGCUGGUUUUCUUUAUGUUGGCGUCUAACCUGACAUCUAAUGGACCACUUUCAGUAUUAUGAAACAUAUUCAACUGUCAUUUCAAUGUCAUUGUUUACAUGAUCGCUAGCAAGGCAAAAUGAACUGCAUGAGCUGCAUUU